UUGUGCGUGCGAAGUCGUCGGUAGCGCAACGGACCUGUCCCUCUAGUUUCUCUCUGGACCACCUGACAAGUCAGCUGCGUGUGACACGGGAGUCCUCGCUGGAAUAAUAGAAGUUUAGAGUAGAGUUGACUCUGAUUUUAGAAAUCCCACGGACGGACUUCGCCGCUCCUCACCACGAGCGCGCUCGACCAGCGAGACACACAGGAAAAGAGGCUGGAGUGAGUGUCAGUUCAGUGGACAUGUUGUGCAGCCGCGAACCUCAUAUGCGAUUUAAGAUAAUAUUAAUAGCUAAAGAAAACUUAAGAAAAGAGCAGAGCGGUAAUGUUGAAUCGAUAGUUAUUUACCCAAUUUAACCGUAGGCCUUUAAUAAAUACGCUUGUCCGCUUUAAACGUUUGAUGCUUUAAAUUGCGGGCUUUAAAUGUUUUAUACAUAGGCUAAUUUCGAGCAAGAAGCUCAUGUGAGGACGACUAUACAAAUUAGCAAUAAGAUAGGUUAUAAAGUUACAGUUCCCCCGGCCCGCUGCCAAAUGAUCUUGUAAUCAUCAUUCCGUGGCACCUCGCGUUCAAGGUUUAACGGUCCUUGGAAUUAUAGCGUAAUAACUUUAACCCGCUGACAACUUUGCAUUUGAGUUUCAACAAUGUUUCUCGAAGGUUACGUUUUUACAUACCGCACUUGUCAAAAUGCCAUGACAAUUGUAUUUUGUGGUGGUGACUUGAUUUAUAGGUAACUUAUUUAACAAACUAAAUUCAGAGUCCAGACCCCGACAUUGGAGGGAUGACAUUUUGUGGGACUCUCUGUAAUUAGUCAUUAGUCCAAGUAAUUAUCCGAUGCAGUCAACCUGAUCAUGACUUCGAUUUCAGUUGGAUAAAUCACCAACGUAGAUAUGGACUCACUGUUAAAUAGGUGAUUGAAACUGAAUUCCGUUGCAUUUAAUACUUUUAUAGGUAUAGGUUAACCAUUUUAGGGAGCCCAUCAAAUAACGGUGGCAUUAGAAUGUUGGUUCCCCCCGCACCUAACGACGAUAGGCGGGUUGAGUUUGUGGCUCUUACCGCUGUUCAUACGGAGAGGAGCGAACCAUCGACCCCGGAGCGCGUGCACCCUUCUCACCGCACCGGGCUCCUCGGUACCCCGCUGCCCGGGCGUCUUGGACCCCGGGUGACUACCUCAGCCUCCAGCAAGCGCUACAGAAAGUUUCAGAACUUCUUGUACAACGUACUGGAAAGACCACGAGGAUGGGCAUUCAUCUACCAUGCGUUCAUUUUCCUGCUGGUGUUCAGCUGUCUGGUUCUGUCUGUGUUCUCCACCAUACCAGACCAUCAAAAGAUAGCCAACGAAGGCCUCUUCAUCCUGGAGUUUGUGAUGAUCGUGGUGUUUGGUCUGGAAUACGUUGUGAGGGUUUGGGCGUCCGGCUGCUGCUGUCGCUACAGAGGAUGGCAGGGGAGACUACGCUUCGCCAGAAAACCCUUCUGUGUCAUAGACUUCAUAGUGUUUGUGGCGUCGUUGGCGGUGAUCGCAGCGGGCACCCAGGGGAACAUCUUUGCCACCUCUGCCCUGCGCAGCAUGCGGUUCCUCCAGAUCCUCCGGAUGGUACGCAUGGACAGACGAGGAGGCACCUGGAAACUACUGGGCUCUGUGGUCUACGCCCACAGCAAGGAGCUCAUUACAGCGUGGUACAUUGGUUUCCUGGUCCUGAUCUUUGCCUCCUUCCUGGUUUACCUGGCAGAGAAGGACGUCAACACAGAGUUCAACACCUACGCAGACUCCCUCUGGUGGGGAACGAUAACUCUCACCACCAUUGGCUAUGGUGACAAGACACCCCGCACCUGGUUGGGGCGGCUCCUAGCUGCCGGCUUCGCGCUCCUGGGUGUGUCCUUCUUCGCCCUUCCUGCCGGUAUCCUGGGGUCAGGCUUUGCCCUGAAGGUGCAGGAGCAGCACAGACAGAAGCACUUUGAGAAGAGGAGGACUCCUGCUGCCAACCUUAUACAGGCUGCGUGGCGUCUGUACUCUACUGAUGCUCAGCACUCCUACCUGACAGCCACAUGGUACUUCUAUGACAGCAUGCUUCCAUCCUUCAGAGAACUGACUCUACUGUUCAGUCACCUUCAGCGACGGCGUAGUGCCAAGAAGGUCCUUCACAACUCCCACCACACCCUGCUGUCCGGGCUACGGCCCUACAGCUCCCCCUACCUGUCAGGGGACAGCAGCAGCAAAAUGGGAUUCCGAGACCGGAUGCGGCUGAACAACUCCCGUUCGUCCCAGACGAGUCGGAACAAGGCAUCCCCGCUGCCUCCCGGGACGAGUGUCCGCCAGUCGCCCAGCACAGAGAACGUCCCAGAAGCCACCAGUCCCGGAAAGGUGCAGAAGAGCUGGAGCUUCAACGACCGCACGCGGUUCCGCACCUCCCUACGACUCAAACCCAGACCUCCUGCAGACGUGGAAGGAGUAGGGGAGGACAGUGUUGAGGACAAACCAUAUUGUGAUGUAGCCAUGGAGGAGGUGAUCCCAGCAGUGAAGACCUUGAUACGGGCUGUUAGGAUCCUGAAGUUCUUGGUGGCCAAGCGGAAGUUUAAGGAGACUCUGCGUCCGUACGACGUGAAGGACGUCAUAGAGCAGUACUCUGCUGGACACCUGGACAUGCUGGGGAGGAUCAAGAGUCUACAAACCAGAGUGGAUCAGAUAGUGGGUCGUGGAUCGUCCUACCAGCCAGAUAAUAAGAAGGUGAGGAGUGAGAAGGGAGAGAAGACCCCUCCAGAACUGGACCUUAUGGACGAGCUCAGUAUGAUGGGACGCGUCAUCAAGGUGGAGAAACAGGUGCAGUCGAUAGAGAACAAGCUGGACCUCCUUCUUAACUUCUACACACAGUGUCUGAAGAAAGGCUCGUCCAACUUCACCCUGUCUUCCCUGUUAGAACCAGACCUGACGUUGGACUACCACAGCCCCACAGACUAUCGUGACCUUUUCCCCUCCGCCAACACACUCAACGUCUCCCACUCAGAGUCCAGCAAAUUGGAGUGACUGGGACUGUACUCACUGACUGAGGCUGAGGCUGGGAAUGAACUGGGCCCACCGCUAGACCCUCACCUCAAAGUAUUUAAGCCCUGAAAUGUAAUGUCACCAUACUGGACUGUAGCAGCACCCCCAGAGUAACCACCUAUGCCCAUAGCCAUUUCCACUCAUCACCAAACCAAUUUGAUUAUUAACUUUGGAGGUCUGACUCCUCUCCCUUUAGAAAUUCACACUCCACACCUUAGGACCCACACUUCUUUCCAUAGACUGAUCCUCACCUUUUAAUAAUUUCUCCCUCCACAUACACUACAUGGCCAAAAUAUGUGGACACCCCUUCAAAUUAGUGGAUUCGGCUAUUUCAGCCACAC